UUAUAUCUCGAGAAGUGCGGGUCAGUGAGAUCACGCACGUCGAACGCAGUCGAACGCGCGUCAGCCUUUUUUUUGUAGUCUAAAAAUGGCGUUUCUCGAAUAAACUACAGUAGUGAAACACAACUUCAAAAUUAUUUAUUUGUCUCACUGAAAAACAUUUCGGCAGUGUCUUUGAAAAAUGAAAAAAAUGCAGACGGAACAACUUCGGCCAGAGCAACUGGUUGGUUUAGUGGCUCGAUCAGCGGAAGGAACAGCAGCAAAGGGAAUGCCCAUCAAAGGCAACGAGGACCUUUGGGUUGAGAUUCAGGCUAACACUUUUAGAAACUGGGUGAAUGAGCAUUUAAAACAAGCAGGUGAUGCUGGAGGUGGACCCGUCUUAGAUCUUGCUGAAGAUUUCCGAGAUGGUACCCGAUUAUGUGCUCUAGUUGAAGUUCUCAAUAAAAAACGUCUCCCUCGUUGGAAUCCUAGGCCUGCCAAUCAACAUCACCACUUGGAAAAUGUUUCCACUGCACUACAAGCCGUCGAAACUGAUGGUGUUAAACUCGUUAAUAUCGGCAAUGUGGACAUCGUGAAUGGUAAUUUGAAGUUAAUUCUGGGCUUAAUAUGGUCCCUCAUUGUCAGAUACCAAAUUGGCAAGUCCAAGUUCCCGCCAAGGAAACUGAUGCUUGCAUGGCUCAAGGCCGUUCUGCCAGAAUGCAGAGUGAACAACUUUACGACAGAUUGGAAUUCUGGUGUUUACUUAAGUGCACUCUUGGAUUAUUGCAAACCUGGCCUGUUUCCUCAUUGGCGGCAACUUGACCCUAAUGAUAGUGUUUACAACUGUCGGAAGGCGAUGGAAAUAGCGAAAAAAGAAUUUGACAUUCCCGUUGUACUUGAGCCAGAAUAUUUGGCUUCACCAUAUUUAGAUGAAUUGUCGGGAAUGACAUAUCUUUCGUAUUUUAUGAAGGAGGGAUCACCAGGUUUUCAUGCGACAAUACGUUGGGUAAAUUCGCAGCUUUCUCACGCUCCAGUGACGAAUUUCACAACUGAUUGGAAUGACGGCAGAGCCUUGUGUGGAAUUGUUCGAAAUUUAGGAGGUCCUGCUCCUUCUUACGACCGAAUUGAUACCAAUCCUGCAGCUUGGGAGCACAAUUUACAAUUAGGUAUUGACAGUGGGAAGAAGCUGGGGGUGGAACCCAUCUUGAAAGCGAAAGACUUGGCCGAUCAGAAUGUGGAACAUUUGGGAGUAAUGGCUUAUGCGGCAUACUUUCAGUGGGUGAAGCCUCGCCCUCAAGCGAGUGAGCAAAUUGCUGUGCACAUAGACAGUACAUCCGCCAGAGUGCAACAGCCGGCUCAUUUUAAAUUAGAAAUGUUAGCAAAAGAAGUUAAUCCACGAGAGGUUCGUGCCGAAAUUGUAAGUCCCAGUGGAAGAUCAGAAUGUCGUUUAAUUUGGAAUGGUACCCAUGGAAAGGGAACCUUUAUUCCAACCGAAGUUGGAAUGCAUAAGUUGAUGGUUUAUAAUGACGGAGAGCUCGUUAAUGGAUGCCCCUAUUAUUUCAGAGUGUUACCUCCCUUAACCAAAAUCAAAUCACCUGGCAUGGAUCCUUGCGCCAUUGGGUCCAUUGUCGAGGUUCUAGUCAAUAGUUACGGAACUAGUCAUGACGGUAUUGACGUAACUGCAUGGUCUCCGACGGAAAGACCUCUUCCAUGUCCUGUAAAAGAACACGAUGGAGUUCAUACUGCGACAUUUCAACCUGACGAAACUGGAGAAUGGAGUAUUGCCAUAACACAUAAAGGAAAUCACAUUCAAGGUGGACCAUUUACUUGCUUUGUAUUUGAUCCCCAUGGUGUUAAGAUUUUGGAUACAGAAGGAGCAAUGCCAGGCCAACCGUUUUCCUUUAUCGUUGAUGCAACAGGAACAGGUGGCUUGGGCGAUAUAAUCAUAGACAUAGUUCAUGACAAGCAAUCAAUUCCAUAUCGAAUCGAAGACAUAGGACAUAUGCGAUCGCGAAUAUAUUUUAUGCCACGCGAUGCUGGCAAAUAUCGUGUUUACGUUUAUUUCAACGGCUCAGACGUACGAGGAUCUCCAUUUUCACUUCGCGUUGGAACACUGAAAGGCUCCAGGAGAUCGAAAGAAUCCACUACUUCGAGUCUAGAGAGGUCAAAAAUUUCAUCACUCGAAAGAAGAAUGAAUGGAGUUAAUUUGUCCUCCACCGAGAGAUCCAGUCCUAUUCAAAAAACCUAUUCCUCUUCAAUGUAUAAGUCGUCCAGUCCAACGCACUCGCCUUACAAUAAGACUUCCAGCAGUUUUGAGAAUUUGAGUAGUUUUCAUCAUACAUCAAGUACCUCGAAUAAUUCUCGAUCUACUCACAAUCAUUCGUCGAGAAUCUUGAGCAGUCCUUCGAUAAUACGAGAGACGAGAGAGAAGGAAAUUUACUCGUCUACAUUUAAUCGAAGUUCGCCAAAUGUCAGCAAUUCUUCAAUAAGAAACACUCAGAGUCCAAAUUUAAUUAAGGAAUCAAAGGACAUUUACUCAUCGAGUUCGUUGAGCAGAUCUCGUUCUCCAGAUCGAAGUCCCAUUGGACCGAACAGUCCAACGAUCAAAGAGUCCAAGGAUAUUUAUCAAUCGAGUUCUUUAAGCAGAUCAAGAUCUCCCACGAGAAGUCCCAUGACUUUUGGUAAUCCGCAGAGUCCAGUAAAGAGAAGUUUCAGUCCAAGAACCGGAGAGAAAGAAGUUUUGGGCAGAAGAGGAUCUGUGGAAAAUGGAGUUGUCGACACUAGCAGUAACGUUAAGGUCUCGUCAGUGUCAAGUGGAACAUCUCGUCGCGAUUCUUGGGACGCUAUUGCCAAAACAAAAUCUCUUUUAUCUUACGGCAGUCUUGAAUCUUUGGCGAAUUUAACGGGUAACGGAACAACUGAACAUAUCAGCAGCACGAAUUAUGUCAAUAAUAAUUAUCGAAAUGGAAAUUCCAAUGUUCAUCAGAAUUCAACAACAAAUUAUAAUUCAACGCAAAAAUUCACGACUUCUGAAUAUGGAACAACACAGAAAUAUACAAUUGAAAGUCAAAAUGGACGCACUCAUGGAAUAUUAAAGAAUAAAAAUAAUAAUAAUCACUAUAAGAGUGUCGACGCUAUUGAUGCUGCACAUGAGCGAUUUUCUCACAAUGGAGUUUCAGAAUAUAGAACAGUUUAUGGAAAAAAUUCACUUGCUGCUGGAAAUGCUUUGGAGACUUUACCUGUUCACAAACCAACUUCUUUUACACUCGAUCCAGAACUCGAUGCUAAUAAUGUCACUGUAUUAGUUACAGGACCACACGGUAAGUCUCUCUCAGUUCAGAAAACGACACUACGAGGAUUGACUUACACAAUAACUGCUGACGAAGUUGGUGAACAUAUCAUUCAGGUUAUUGUGAAUGGACAACAUAUCAAAGGAUCACCAUUUAGGUCUCAAGCUUAUAAUGCUAAGGCUAUUCAAGUGGGAAAUAUUCCGAAUGGUGUAAUUAAUCAGCCAGUCGAAUUUGAAAUCGAUGGUUCGAGAGCUGGUUCAGGGAAUUUGGAAAUCCUCGUUAACGGUGGACAUGUGACGAGUUUUGUAAGAGCACUAGGUAGUCAGCGAUUUUUGGCUUCUUUUGUACCUCACGAAGCAGUUGUACAUUUAGUAGAAAUGACUUUUAAUGGCGAAACAGUACCAGGAUCACCUUGGCGAGUAGGAAUCAUGCCUGGUCCAAAAAUGUCAGUCGUGGGUGAUUCCGUCAGGCUGGUUCCUGCUGGAAGUCCCGCGUUAUUUGAACUCUCGGCCCUUGGCUUUAGUAGCAGUGAAAUUGACGUGCAAAUUACAACACCAACAAAACGACAUAUCACUGCACGAAUUGACGAAGAGCCAGGGCGAUCAGGAGAGUUUCGGGUUCAGUUCACUCCGACCGAGGUUGGGAGUCACCUGGUGGAAGUGAGCAUCGCGGGACAAAAGUUACCGGCAGGACCUCUCGUCGCCAAAGUCUACAAUAGCAAUCUCAUUCAAGUUACUGACGUACCUAGUGCUGUAGUAGGACAUGCCUGCCAAUUUAGAGUUGAUGCAAGUGCCGCCGGAGAAGGUCAAUUGGAAAUCUCAAUAAACGAAGGAGAAGUGCCUAAUCACGUGCAAGUGGUAGGAGGAGGUCGAUGCCUCGUAUCCUUCACGCCUGAUGUCGCCAAGCCUCAUUAUAUUGAUAUCAAGUUCAAUGGAGAAGCCGUACCUGGAUGUCCUUUUAUUUGUAAUGUAUCAGAUACUAGUCGAGUUACUCUGAGCCUUAAUCAUCUAGAGUUAAUACCGGUAGAUCAACCCGCUAGCUUUCACAUGGCUGUUGAUGGAAGUGGUAGCGCCGAACUUGCGGUCUCCGUAAGAGGACCAACUGUGGAAUUACCUGUCAAAGUCACAGGUAAUAUACACAGUGGCUUCACCGCUGAAUUCACACCAAGGGAUGUUGGAGUGCAUUCUAUUAGUGUUGAAUACAAUGGACAUCCGGUUAAUGGAACGCCCUUUUUGGCCAAAGCUUUUAACGCUGAUAAGGUCCUCAUUGGAUCCGUGGCAAGGGGUAGUGUCGGACAACCAACACAUUUCAGUGUUGAUGCAAGUCAGGCUGGCGAAGGAAAUUUAGAAAUAACAAUAUCGGCACGUGGACAGAAUAUACCCACUCAAGUAACGCCACAAGGCAAUGCUCGUUUUUCUGUUAGUUUUGUUCCGUUCGAGGCUUGCGAGCAUAUUAUAAACAUUGCGUUUAAUAAACGUACUGUACCUGGCUGUCCGAUUAUUACGAGAGUGGGUGGCGAUAGUCAUGUUACAGUAAGUGGGCAGGCAUUAAGCAGUGCUGGGUUAGGACGGCAAAGUUAUCUUACCGUCAGUAAUGUUGCCGGUAGCUUGGAAGAUUUAGAAGUUAACGUUGAAGGACCCAAUGGACAGGCCGUACCAGCUCAAGUGACCGACAAUAAAGACACGACCUGCUCAGUGGCAUUUACACCGAGGGUCGUUGGAGAACAUAGAAUUUCUGUCAGCCAUAGAAAUAUUCCCGUGGUCGGUAGCCCCUUCAGCUGCAAAGUCUAUGAUGUCACUGCUAUCAAAGUCAAGGAUGCCAAACGUGGAGUCAUUGGAACGCCAGUCACAUUUUUAGUGGAAACCAGUCAAGCCGGACCAGGAAAUUUAGAAGUGACAGUAAACGGAGGCCGAGUUCCAACUUCAGCUCAAGCUCAGGGUUCUCACACUUAUGCAAUAUCUUUCACACCUCGGGAACCAAUUGUACAUACUGUGGAUUUGCGUUUUAAUAGCGAGGACGUACCUGGUAGCCCCUUCAGUUGUCAGGUGAGCGACACGGCAAGAGUACUGAUAACAGAAGUUCUGGAAAAGGUGUCAGUAAAUAGAGUCGCUACAUUUACAAUUGAAGCAAACCCUUCAUUAGGAUCACCAGUUAUUGAAGUUCUUUCGCCAACAAGAGAAAGUAUACCUGUUCAAAUUAAACAAACUGAACAUGGUUCAUAUAAUGCUGGUUUCACACCCAAAGACGUUGGUGACCAUAGCGUUGAAGUUAAAUUGAACGGUUCACACGUGGAAGGAAGUCCAUUUCUUGUAAAAGCUUAUAAUGCAGAUAAAGUAAAAGUUACGGACAUCAACAAUGGAGUUGUAGGAAAACCUGUCUUUUUCAGUAUUAACGCAAGUCAAGCAGGAGCCGGAAAUUUGGAAAUAAUCGUUGCAGUUAAUGGAAAAAAUGUUCCAAAUUAUGUACAGAGCGAAGGUAACGCAAAAUUCAAGGUCAAUUUUAAACCUCAAGAAGCAGCGAUGCACAGUCUUAGUGUUCGAUUUAAUGGUGAACCUGUACCAGGUUCACCGUUUAGUUGCAAAGUUGUGGGAGCUGGACAAGCUUUAAUAACGGGACAUAAUUUAAAAUUGGGAGCAGUCAAACGAUUAAUAUCUUUUAAUGUUGAUCCUCAAAUGGCAUCGUUGAAUUGUGAUGUAAUCGUAACGCCACCAUCAAAUAUUGCUCUUCCUAUAACAAUCGAACCAAUCGAUGGAAAAUAUAACAUUAGUUUCAUGCCAACGGAAGUGGGAAGGCACAAUAUCAGCAUUUUACUUGAUGGUGAACCAAUAAAGGGAUCUCCGUUUGCCUGCAAUAUUUAUGACGUAACUAAGGUUCAUGUGUCUGGUCUUUCGGAAGCUUUACUCGGACAGGCAACAACGUUUACAGUGGAUGCCGCAGAAGCUGGAGAAGGUACAUUAGAAUUAGUUGUAAGCACUGAAAAUAAUACCGUGAAGGCAGAAGUUGUUGCUUGCGCUCGAGGCCUUUAUGACGUUACUUUUGUUCCACAAACAACGAGCACGCAUUACGUCAAUAUCAGUUUCAACGAUGACAAUGUCCCAGGAAGUCCGUUCAAAUGUCCAGUCGUUGGUAGCAUUCUCGAUGGGCCUUCAAUGAUUAGAGUUGGAAAUACUGCGUAUAUGGAUUUAGAUAUGCCAAGUCUCGCUGGCCCUGUAUCUGCCGAAGUUACAAGUCCAGAUGGCAUUAUUAUUCCUUGUGCAUUGACAAAAAUUUCUUCUAAUCUUUAUCGCGUGGAAAUAAGAACGAGACAAGUUGGUAUUUAUAAUGUAAUUUUUAGCGAUGGUCCAAAAAUGAUUAGUUCUCAAAGUCUGCAAGUUUUCGAUCCAACCAAAGUGACAAUCAAAGAAAUAUCCGAUACUGUCUGUCAUCGUCCAGGCACAGUUUUAGUUGUUGCAUCCAAGGAAGCCGGUCCUGGAAAAUUGAGUGUAAAUGUCCGUGCAGGAGGAGCAGAUGUCGAUAGUUUAGUAAGAGAGAGAGAUAAUGGAGUUUAUGAAGUUAUUUUUCAUCCAACACGAGCUGCUCCUCAUCGAGUUUAUAUUAAAUAUAACGAUGUUCACAUCCAAGGAAGUCCCGUUGAAGUUGCCGUAAGAGGUCCAACAGGAGGAAGAGAAGUAACAUCAACAGGAUUAGGAUUAUAUCAAUCUUGUGUGGGUAAAAUUACAUCUUUUACGAUCGAAACGUUAGGACGACCUGGAAAGGAGUUUGAUGUCGUGAUUAGUGGGCCGCAAGGUAAUGCGGUUCCUGUACGAUGUUAUCAGCAUCGAGAUGGGAAUUUGUUAGCUGAAUUCACAACUAAUUCAACUGGAACCUAUAAAAUUGACGUAUUACAAGGAGCAAAACCUGUAUUAGGUUCACCAUUUUUCUGUCAAGCUUUUGAUCCAAAUAAAAUAAAAUUACAAGAACUGGGACCAACAACAGUUGCUGUUCACGAUCACGUGGCGUUCAAAUUGAUUAAAACAGAUGCUGGAAUGGCAGAAUUGGAUGUUACGGCUACAAGUCCUUUAGGACAGGAACUUCCUUUGCAAGUUACACCGCUUAAUGAUGGGGCGGAAUUGAUUGAAUUUUCACCCAGUGUUCCUGGCACAUACAUGAUCAAUGUCACUUAUGGAGGUUGUACUAUUCCGGGUAGUCCACUGAUGUGUACAGUGGAAGCAGCAGGACAAGCUCGAGCAAAAGGAGAGGGUUUAUUGACCGGCGUCGUAGGAAAACCUGCUCAUUUUGUAGUAACUGGUACUCGCAGUCCACCGGCUGUACAGGUUGACGGUCCUGACAGUAUAUCAAAAGCAACAAUUGAAGCAGGAGCAAAUCCUGGAACUUGGAAUGUGUCAUAUUCUCCGACGGAAGUAGGAGUUUUUGAUGUUAGAGUGGUAUGUGCUGGCCAGCAAUUACCAGGUUCUCCCUGGCAUCCAAAGAUCAUUGACACUAAAAAUUUACGAGUCAUAGGAGGCUGGUCUGCAUUGUGCGAUGAAAUGGGACGAUUAAAAAUUCAUGCCUCAAAUAAAAUAAGUUUCGAUACAUCAGAAGCUGGACCUGGUGAACUGAGUGGUAAAAUUGGAGAUCAUCCCUUAUCUUUUGAAAUGACUUCUAAUAACAGGCUUAAACUUGUUACGCCACAAAUGAAUGGUGGAGAGCAUCGAUUUGAAAUAUUAUUCAAUGGUAUUCCAUUCCCAGGUGCUCCAAAACUUGCAAUUGUUGAUGGAGAGCAAUUUCAGGACACGAGUAGAGUAAUGUUGAGAGGUAGAGGUUUAACGUCAGCUAAAUGUGGCGAGGAAGUUAGUUUUACGAUCGACGGUUCGCAAGCAGGAAGUGGAACACCCAAGGUUCAACUUUUCUCACCAACUAAUGAAGUCAACGUUAAUGUGCAACACUUGGGGGACAGUGUUUAUCGAGCAAGUUAUAUACCGCUCACGUCUGAUUCACUUUUGAUGACUGUUUCGUGGAAUGGAAGACAAUUGAAGGGGUGUCCUUUACAAAUUAAUGUUACAAGUGCAGCUGAUGCGUCGCGUGUUGUUUGUUCCGGAGAAGGACUUAAGUAUGGAAUUGUUGGCCAAGAAAUAAGAAGUUUCAUUGAUACAAGAAGAGCGGGUCCUGGAGAAUUAACUGCACAUUGCGAUGGACCACACAAAGUUGCUUACUGUGAACUUUACGAUCACGGGGACGCGACAUUCACAUUAAAUGUCAAACCUCAGGAAGCAGGAAGACACUCUCUAACGAUAAAAUAUGCCGGUGAACAUGUAACUGGCUCUCCAUUUACUUUAAGAGUUUCAGGUGCACCCGAUGCAUCCAAAGUUCGAGUUUAUGGGCCAGGAAUAGAACAUGGUGUUUUAGCGACAUUCCAGUCCCGAUUUAUUUGCGAUACGAGAGGAGCAGGAGCGGGCCAAUUAACUGUAAGAGUUCGAGGACCGAAAGGAGCAUUUAGAGUAGAGAUGCAAAGGGAAACCCAGAAGGAUCGAAUUAUUUUGUGUCGAUAUGAUCCCACAGAACCUGGAGAUUAUAGGGUUGAAGUCAGAUGGGCCGGUGUCCUUGUACCUGGUUCACCAUUCCCUGUUAAAAUUGUCGACACACAGGAUGAAUUAUUAAUGCUAACACAGAGCGGUGACACAUACUCAACGAGCCAUCAUACUCUCACAUCGUGGCGUGGUUCACAAGCAAUAUUAUAAGAAUCAAGCAUAACAUUGUUAUUAUUUUAUAAGAACUAAUAGGUAUAUUUUAUUAUUAUAUUGUAACUUAUGUAAGAGUUUCGAAUAAAAUAUUUAUCAGAA